AUGAGCCAGCAGGAUGUGGUCGCCGUGCUUUCAGAACGCCUGCUCGUAGCCGCCUACAAAGGCCAAGUGGAGAAUGUGGUGCAGCUUAUCAACAAGGGUGCCAAGGUAGCCGUUACCAAGCAUGGCCGGACUCCCCUGCAUCUUGCUGCCCACAAGGGUCAUCUCCACGUUGUCCAGGUUUUGUUGAAGGCAGGUUGUGACCUGGAUAUUCAGGAUGACGGUGAUCAGACAGCAUUGCACCGGGCUGCUGUCAUAGGGAACACCGAUGUUAUAGCAGCUCUAAUUCAAGAGGGGUGUGCUUUGGACAGACAAGACAAGGAUGGGAACACUGCUCUUCAUGAAGCUUGUUGGCAUGGAUUCAGUCAGUCUGCCAAAGUGCUCAUUAAAGCCGGAGCCAAUGUUCUUGCCAAGAACAAGGCAGGUAACACACCUCUUCACCUGGCUUGCCAGAACAGCCAUUCCCAAAGUACUCGUGUUUUGUUACUUGGUGGAUCUCGAGCAGACCUAAAAAAUAAUGCAGGAGAUACCUGUCUGCAUGUGGCUGCUCGUUAUAAUCACUUGCCCAUCGUUAGGGUGCUGCUCAGUGCUUUCUGUUCUGUCCAUGAAAAGAACCAGGCAGGGGAUACUGCGCUCCAUGUCGCUGCUGCUCUGAAUCACAGGAAGGUGGUUAAGCUGUUGCUGGAGGCAGGAGCUGAUGCAUCCGUUGUCAACAAUGCAGGUCAGACCCCUCUAGAGGUUGCCAGACAGCACAAUAACCCUGAGGUUGCACUCCUCCUCACUAAAGCAUCACAGGUCUCACGCUUUAACCGUGGAAGAAGCCUGAGGAAGAAGAGAGAGAGGCUGAAGGAGGAAAGGCGAGCUCAGUCGGUACCGCGGGAUGAAGUGGUACAGAGCAAGGGCAGCAUCUCAGCUGCUGAUGACACGCCAAGCAGUGACCAGCCACCGCAGAGGAAGAGUGAUCUGAAGGAUGAACCCCGGUCAACCUCACCAGACCCCAAAGGAAAGAAGAGCAAAAAGAAAAAGCCAAAGGAAAAG